GUGUCAGGGAGCAACAGAUGUGAGUUCCUUUUUUACUUUCUUUCUUUCUUUGUCUUGUCUACUGGGAAGCUCCAUUCCUUUUGUUGUUGUUGUUGUUUGUUUGUUUUUUGUUUUUGAGAUGGAGUCUCACUGUGUUGCCCAGGCUGGAGUGCAGUGGUGUGAUCUUGGCUCACUGCAACCUCUGCCUCCCGGGUUCAAGCGAUUCUCGUGCCUCAGCCUCCAGAGUAGCUGGGAUCACAGGCGUGCUACCAAGCCCGGCUAAUUUUUGGUGUUUUUAGUAGAGACGGGGUUUCACCAUGUUGGCCAGGCUGGUCUUGAACUCCUGACCUCAGGUGAUCCGCCUACCUUGGCGUCCCAAAGUACUGAGAUUACAGGCGCACGCCACCGCACCCAGCCCAAUAUAUGUGUAUUUUUAACGUUACUAUAUAAUGCUAGAUUGCUUCAGACUGGUCUUUACAAAUCGGAUCCUUCUUAUGGUUUCCCAUAUGUCCAGAAUGAAAUAUGAGCUCCCUGGCCAAUGAGGCCCUACAGCACCUGGCCCCAGCCUACACCCCCUACACUCCCAACACACUGACACUGUCUACUCAUCCAGAAAAAGCAACCUGUUAGCCACCACUUAAUAUACCCCUUCACCCCCGGUGUGUGUGUCCCACAUCGCCAUUUAUUUUUCAGCUUGUUUGUCUGCAUACCGACCCACCGUCCUUCAAACGCUACAACGUAAACUCCCAGUCCUGGCCACUGGAUGAAGCCAGUGGCUUUUCCCUACCUCCUACUCUUUGUGCACGCAGAGCAAUUUAGCCACGCAUCCCGCCUUCCCGUUAUUUUACACCUGCAACCCUGUUGCUGCCCUCCAAGUUCAAAGUGCGAAAUUGCCGCCUGCUAGAAUCUUUUCCUUAGUUGGGCACUUCCCCUCCCCGCCCUGCCGUAAGAAAACUGGUGUCUGAAGUCUUAGGAGUGCCUGCCUCUGCAUAACUAAGUAAACAACCGCUUUGCGACGCAGCCCCAGCAGCAAAAAGACACGGUGGGCACGGCCAUCUCGCCUGGAGCAGUGACGUCACCGGCAAGGCUACCUUCUCUCUGCGCCUGCGCGGCGGCCCCAUGUUGACUAUUGGCGGACGGGGGUCUCAAAGGCGCCACUGAGCGUGCGCAGAACCGACCCCUGCAGCCCUUUAGGCUGCGGUGCCAAAGAGUCGGUCCCGAAGCGGAAGUGCUUGUUGGGGCCAGGCUUUGUAACGGUCUCCUGAGCAGCGAGCAGAAAAUCUGUUAUCGAGAGAGAGUGACGUUGAGGGGCACAGUGACCUGCCCCUAAGGGUUCAUGCGCAUCCCUCAGACCCCUCUUUAGACGCGCCCCGCUUCUCCCUCUGCCCUCUCCCCUUGCCCAAGCUCCGAGGUGGGGGCCUGGUGUGAAUGCUCCGGCCGAAGUGAACCUGCACCCCCGCACCCGAAGGCCUCUUUCCGGCUCCUGGGCAAGGCGGCCCCGGUGAGGUGAGCAGAAGGAAGGAGAGGCACCUGCGAGGUCUCACCUGACCCCGGGCCUCGCCCAGAGUUGGGGGCCUGGGAGGAGGGCUCGGCCGUCACACAUCUCUGCUUUUUCCAAGAAGAGCAGGAAAUGGCCAAACCCCAGGGGCUAGUGACAUUUGAAGAUGUAGCUGUGGAUUUCACCCAGGAGGAGUGGCAGUACCUGAACCCACCACAGAGGACCCUGUACAGAGACGUGAUGCUGGAGACCUACAGCAACUUGGUCUUUGUGGGGCAGCAGGUUACCAAACCAAACCUCAUCCUCAAGUUGGAGGUAGAAGAAUGCCCGGCAGAAGGAAAAAUCCCAUUUUGGAACUUUCCAGAAGUCUGUCACGUUGAUGAACAGAUUGAGAGGCAACAUCAGGAUGACCAAGAUAAAUGUCUGCUGAUGCAAGUUGGAUUUUCUGACAAGAAAACAAUUACCACCAAGAGUGCUCGUGACUGUCAUGAGUUUGGAAACAUACUUCAUCUGAGUACAAACCUUGUUGCUUCAAUACAAAGACCCGAUAAACACGAAUCAUUUGGAAAUAAUAUGGUAGAUAAUUUAGACUUAUUUAGUAGAAGUUCUGCAGAAAAUAAAUAUGAUAAUGGAUGUGCAAAAUUGUUCUUCCAUACUGAGUAUGAGAAAACAAAUCCUGGAGUGAAGCCCUAUGGCUAUAAAGAGUGUGGGAAAGGUCUUAGGCGAAAGAAAGGCCUUAGUCUACAUCAGAGAAUUAAAAAUGGAGAGAAACCCUUUGAAUGUACUGCAUGUAGGAAAACCUUCAGCAAGAAGUCACACCUCAUUGUACAUUGGAGAACUCAUACGGGAGAGAAACCUUUUGGAUGUACCGAAUGUGGAAAAGCCUUUAGCCAAAAAUCUCAGCUCAUUAUACACUUGCGAACUCAUACAGGAGAGAGACCCUUUGAGUGUCCUGAAUGUGGAAAAGCCUUCAGAGAAAAGUCAACUGUCAUCAUACAUUACAGGACUCACACAGGAGAAAAACCUUAUGAAUGUAAUGAAUGUGGAAAAGCCUUCACUCAGAAGUCCAACCUCAUUGUCCAUCAAAAAACCCACACUGGAGAGAAAACCUAUGAAUGCACUAAAUGUGGAGAAUCUUUCAUACAGAAGCUUGAUCUAAUUAUACAUCAUAGUACCCAUACAGGAAAGAAACCCCAUGAAUGUAAUGAGUGUAAGAAAACUUUCAGUGAUAAGUCAACUCUCAUUAUACACCAGAGAACUCAUACGGGAGAGAAACCUCAUAAAUGUACCGAAUGUGGGAAGUCUUUCAAUGAGAAGUCAACCCUCAUUGUGCAUCAAAGAACUCAUACAGGAGAGAAACCCUAUGAAUGUGAUGUGUGUGGGAAAACCUUCACGCAAAAGUCAAACCUUGGUGUACAUCAGAGAACUCAUUCAGGAGAGAAACCCUUUGAAUGUAAUGAAUGUGAGAAAGCCUUCUCUCAGAAGUCCUACCUCAUGCUGCAUCAGAGAGGUCAUACAGGAGAGAAACCUUACGAGUGCAAUGAAUGUGAAAAAGCAUUUUCACAGAAAUCAUAUCUCAUUAUACAUCAAAGAACUCAUACAGAAGAAAAACCCUAUAAAUGUAAUGAAUGUGGCAAAGCCUUCAGAGAAAAGUCAAAGCUCAUUAUACAUCAGAGAAUUCAUACAGGAGAGAAACCUUAUGAAUGUCCUGUGUGUUGGAAAGCUUUUAGCCAGAAGUCACAGCUCAUAAUACAUCAGAGAACUCACACGGGAGAGAAACCCUAUGCAUGCACUGAGUGUGGCAAAGCCUUCCGAGAAAAGUCAACAUUCACUGUACAUCAAAGAACUCAUACUGGAGAGAAACCCUAUAAAUGUACAGAAUGUGGGAAAGCCUUUACCCAAAAAUCAAACCUUAUUGUACAUCAGCGAACCCAUACAGGAAAGAAAGCCCAUGGAAGAGGCCACACUCGGAAGUCAAAGUUCAUGGCACAUUAGAGAGCUAAUCAGCAGUAUCUAUUAUGGACACUGAAAGAAAGUUGUGUCAAUUUUACUCACAUUUUAAAAGUAUAUUUUGACUUGUGGUUUAAAUAUGGGAGUAAAUUCAGCCUUUCUUCUUUUCAUCUCAGUCAUAACCCAAAAGCUACGGGAGAAAAAGCAGAAGUGUAAUCUCUGUAUCUGACAAAAUUAGGAGACAGCUACAACCCUGAUGAGAGGGCUGCCACAGGCAGAGGAAAUGAAGCACUGGUGCAGGAGAUUUCAGAGUGAGCGUGCUCAAGGCUGCAGAUGCGAGACACCACUGGUAAGGACUGUUAGCUGAGGUUCGGGAUAUACCCCGAGGCGCGGAACCAUAGAUAUAACAGUGGUAACAGUGCGUGGGCAGGUAGGAGGUAGGAUGUUUCCUAGACCAUUUGGGGUCUGAGGAGAAACAGGCUGGGGCCUCGAGAAGGAGUCACUCAGACAAGCCAUAUUUGUAGAAAGUAGUCUACUGAUGGGAGCAACAGUUAUGGCGUGCUGGGGGAAGAGAAGGGACUUUUCCUUGUGAAGAGCCCUACAGCUGCCCCUAUUUACUGACUUGGGAGAAGUAAAGUCAGAAAGAACGAACAGCUGUGGGGGGAAAAAAUUCUCAGUUGUCAAAAAAAAAACUGAUCUGCUUAGAAUGUGGCCCUGGUUUAUUUUCCCACAUGAACCUCCAGCAAAUAGCAAGUCCAGGAAAAACUCUUCUCAUUCAAAGAGGAAUUAUUCAAAAGUAAUCAAAACCACAAAUGCAUUUGGUUUUUGGGCCAGCAAUUCCACUUCUAGGAAUGUACAUACUCACACAUGUACAAAAUGAUGAACAUACAGAAGUAUUCAUUAAUGCACUGUUUGUGAAAACAAAAGAUUGGAAGCUGUCUAAAUGACACCAUAUCAGGGUUCUGGUUCCCUAAAUUGUGGUAUCUUCAUACAGCCUACUCCUGGGUAGACAAUGAAUAAAUAAGGAGAACUUGGAAACCAUUUAUGUAGUGAUGUGGGAUAACCUUCAGUUUAUGUUAUUAGGUAGGAAAAAUAAGGUUGAGGACAGUGAGUAUAAUACACUGCCAUUUGUAUAUAAAAAGGAGAAAAAUGGUAAGUACAUAAUUGUGAAUUCAUAAGUUAUCUCUGGAAAGAGACAUGAGAACCUGGUAACCCUGAUUACCUUGGGAGGGGAAGGGGCAGUGGUGGCUGGGGGGAUGGAAUUGAAAGGGAGACAACUGUAUCCUUUCAUAGCUUUUGAAAAUGUGGGUGUACUAUGUACUAUGUGGAUGUACUACCUUUUCAAAAAUAAAACAUUUAAAAAGCUA